AUGACCAACGGUGUGCUGAAGCCCAUCCCCGUCGAGUACAACACAUACGUUCUCCACCUCAUCGAGGGCUUCAACGGCAUUCAGGAGAACCUCGACGACGCUAAUGCAGCCCGCGAGAAGGCCAGACAGUCCCACAACCAGGGCCUCGAGGACUUCAAGACGGUGGCCGACGAGUGGUCGAGGCGGGAGGCAAAGUUCAAGGCCGAGAUCAAGAGACUCGAGCUUCUCAUUGCGAGGACAUCGCGCGAUGGUUUAGAGACGGUUGCGUUAGCCAGGGCUGAAAGCGUAGUAGAUAGA